CGGAGCCUCUACCUGGUCAGAGAGGGCUGUAACCAUGGCCCACGUGACAUACACAUUACUGCACCGGCUCGUGGGAGUUACCUUGCACACCUCCGAGGCUUGGGCUUGGCAGGUGGAGUUGACUCUGCAGAGGUCCUGUUUCGGCAGCAACGAAAGUGUGAAAUAUGAGUGCACGAGUAAGAUCAAGAUCUAGAGGAAGGGGAGAUGGUCAAGAGUCUUCUGAUACUGCUGAAACUAUGGCUGCCCGGAAGCUAGGUGGCAAAAAAUCUCAACGCAAGGAACCACCAGCUAAGAAUGUAGACAUGGAACCUGGACAAGAGAAAGAAGGAGGACCGUCUGUGGUUCAAGAACCUGAAUUGGAAGGUUCCCGCCAGGAACUGGAUGUGGAAAAGGUUGAGGGUGAGCUUGGAGAUGGCCCUGAUGUGAAAGGGAAGAUUCCACCUAAUGUAGUGCCUGCUAAAAUUCCGGAAGGAGGUGAUGGACAGUGAGAAAUUAAAAAGAAGACAAACUGAAGCCAUAGAUACUGUUAUGUUGAUUAUUUGGCUUGAUCAGUUCUCUCAAUAAAAAUCUGCAGCUUCUUUGAAAAAA